AUGCCAGAAGACACUGCUUCCUGGACAGCUGAUCAAGAGGCCCUUCUGAUUCAGACACUGAAGAAGGCAAAGGACGAUGGCCUCCAGGCUGAGAGUGGUUGGAAGCCUGUCGUCUGGUCUUUAGCUGUUGAGGCCCUUGCUGGUACAGAGAGUGAGAGUGGCAGGGUUAGGAAGGAGGUGAAGCAUGUUAGGUCUUGGUUUCACAGACUCAAAAGUGCAUACCAGGAGGUGAAGAAGAUUAGGGAGUCAUCUGGCUUUGGUUGGGACCCAGUCCAGCAUUUGGCAACUGCUCCAGCAAAUGUAUGGGAGACGUAUUUUGUGUCACACAAAAAUGCUAAGCCAUGGCACAAGAAGAGCUUUCCUCUUUAUGAGGAAAUGGCAGAGCUUGUAGAAGGGAUUGUAGCUGAUGGAAGGGGUGCAUUCUGGCCUAGCCAGAAUACACAGACUUCGGGCACACCUAGUCUACAGGCUGCCAGCUCUAGUUCUCUUGCAAGCAACAAGACUUCUUCUGUCUCAGCUGUGCCAAAGAGUUUGGAAGAUAUCUCUGACUUUGAGUCAGACACUGGUGGAGACAACACUCAGUACACUGAGACUCUCCCUAUGACUUCCAGUACUGCUUCUAAGCGUGCAGUAUCCUUAGAGCCAGAGGUUACAGCUAUAAAGAAGAGGCCUCAAACUUCAGGAGCCAAUGCAAUAAUAAGCCUCAGCGAGUCAAUUGAAACAGUAGCGGACACAGUCACUUUUGCUUCUUCUACAAGGAAUGCAACAGCCCAGACACCUACCAAAACAACUUCCUGGAUUCCAGAGACAUCUCUACAACGUAGGACAGCUGCUAUUCGAGCAAUUGAGGUGGAUGAGGAAUUGUCUGACAAUGAUAUGGUAGAUGUAGCAGAAAUGAUACACCAGCAGCAUUCAUCAACAAGAUUAACCAGGAAACGCGCUCUUUACUCCAUAGUCCUCAGUUCCAGGAACACCGAACAAGAAAAUCCGGUUACUCGUGCCGGUCUAUCUGUGCGUUUUCCUACAAACGGCCGCACAAUCGCAACUGCAUUCCUACGCAGCCCAGAAAACCACCAGUGCUCUUCGUAA